UGGUAUUGGAAUUAUGAAAUUAUUCAAGUAUUAAGGGUAAGGCGGCUUAUCUUACUAUGCUGAGGGCUGUUGUCAAACGCCCUUGGUUGAAUCCAAGUCAAUAUAAGUCAAUACGCGGAUCGGACUUGAUGUCAGCCAGAAAGAGUUAUUUCCAAGGCAAUGGGGGCAAAACGCUGGUGUGAAGGGGUUGGAAUCCAUACCUUACGCACUGUGGUUUCCGUCUCUAUAGUACGAUUCUUACCAUGGCCGACCAGUGCGGCUCUCGACUAUCAGCUCUCCAGUCCUUCAGUCUCAAUCAACAUGACUAUCUUCAUUCACCAGCAUGGACCUCGCCCGCAAAGCAAACGAAAUUAUGAGGUUUUCUGUAAUUCCUGUCAUGCGAGGCUACGAAAGGUGGGUGUUGUCUAUAUGCAGUUCUCUGCAUCAACGGAGUUUCAUCAUUGCUAUCUGCUGUCUUCUUAUAAAGUCGAUAAUUUCUCCUCCAACCUUCCUCUUUAUUUUACAACAACACAUUCUGUUCACACUCCAGGUUCUCCCUCUGAAUACGUUCAUUUGGCGUCUAACACCUGCGGGAUCUGUUUUUCCCAAUCCAAGGUUCCCGCCUUUUAUAGUUCUUCCAGUACAUCUCCUAUCGUUGCCGUUCAACAUCGAGUGUGCCACACUCGCUGCCAUCACCAACCUCUCGUAUCUGAACCGGGAUCUGCCAGUCACCAGAACGGAACUGGGCUCAUCGACCAUGGCGAGAGUUGUCUGUGUCUUUCUAGAGUAGCUGCUUAUCGCAGCCUACGCCCUCCCCAAGGAUGCCGUCCAAGACGAAAGCGAUGGUACAAGCAGGAUCAAUGUUCUUUCUUCUAUGUCCACAUCCAACGUGUAUGAUUCCUUUCGAGCUAUGAACCGUGCCAAGUACAUUCCUGUCAUAGACUUCUCGACUGGCUACAUCCUAGCCCAGUCUGGCCGCAAUGGGACCUACAUGGACAAGCACACUGAGAAAGUGGAGCGAGAAAGAUACUGUAGCGCGGAGAUCCCAUGCGUUGAUGGAUCUUGCUGUAACUCCAAAGGCCUCUGCGGGUUCCAAAAAGAGCAUUGCAAUCCUGAUGAGCCGGAGCCCUGCCUGUCCAACUCUGAUGCAAAAGCUUAAUGCGGCGUCAAUUCAGUCGACUCCAAGGUCUCAUGUCCC